AUGGGUCGAAAUCGCGUCGAAGACGAGGCGGACGCGCUGCUGCCCGCUGUGGCCCCUCAGUCGCAGCUGCCGUGGGGUAUGGAGAAGACCGAGAUGCAGCCUAGUUCACUGACGUCUCUGACUGAUGACAAGUUAGCGCGCUUCGUGCUGGGCCAUCAGAAGAAGACCAAGUUCCAGAAGGAGCGAGAAGAUCGUGAAACCAGGAAGCGACAGGCGGAAGAAGAGGCUGCCAAGAUUUACGCCACGUUCGUAGCGUCGUUUGAUAAUGACGACGAGACUCAAGGCAAGACGUUUGUACGGUCGACAGCAGCUCUAGAUAACCAACAGCAGACUCAAGAGCGUGGAGAGAUGUACCGCCUGAAGGCUAAAGAGGUGACGACAGGGUCCAUUUCUGGGUUUGCUGGAGGAAUAGAGCAGUUGAAAGUGUCGGAAACGGACACAAUGAGGCUCAAACUCAAGCAGAAAGAAACAGAGAAGGUGCAGCAAAGCGAGAAAGAUCUGCCUAUGCAGAAGCACAAGAAACGACGAGCAAUUGACGAGUUUCUAGAAGAGAUGAAGGAGCGAGGCCCGGCGCCAGUUUCGCUUGAGGGAAGUGGCCUGGCGAAAGGGUCAUUUGAUGAUGGAAACCCAGAGACGACGAAUUUGUAUGUGGGAAAUCUAGCGCCGUCAGUCACGGAGGAAGUCCUGGAGGCGGAGUUCGAACAGUACGGAGAAGUACACUCGGUAAAAAUUAUGUGGCCACGGUCAGAAGAAGAGCGUGCUCGUAAACGAAACUGCGGCUUUGUCAGCUUCUAUGAGCGACGCGACGCUGACGAUGCCCGCGUCAAUCUAGACAACAAGGAGUUGGAGGGUCAGCCUAUGAUCGUCGGAUGGGGCAAAGCUGUUGCGAUUCAGCCUCGUAAACGCGCGGUUGAAGUACCUCUUCCGCCUGUAGUGGCUUUUCAAUCUGCUACAGCCGCGAAAGUUGAGUCUACUGCUAAGCAAGAGUUGCCGGUCAAGCAGACUAUAACGGUCGAAGUACCGACCGAAGAAAUCAGGCGGCGCGUAGAUCGCCUUGCGCGUUACGUUGCAACCGAUGGACUUCAGUUUGAAAAUGCUGUACGCAUGCGUGAAGCGAACAACAAGGACUAUGCUUUUCUGUUUGACCCUCAGUGUGCUACCGCAUUAUAUUACCGGUGGAGAGUCUACUCGUUUGCGAUGGGAGACGGCGAAAAGUCAUGGCGUGAAACAGCAUUCCAGAUGACUGCUGAUGCCCCGUUUUGGGUACCACCAAAAAUGCCUCCCCGAGCACGUCGAAGUAGAAGUCGGGGAUCUACGUCUCGGUCGUCUGGACGGAGCCGCCACGACAAAAGUACCAGGUCGUAUCGAAGAAAUCUCAGCAAAAGCCGAAGUUAUAGCCGGAGCAGGUCGCGUAGUUUCAGUCCGAGUCCUAGAAGACCUCGCCAAAAAAGUCAAAAAGGCAGCCGUCGUCGCAGCAGCUCGUUCAGCUCUGACGAAGAUCGCGAUUAUCGGAGAAGCCGCAGCCGCAGGCGCAGCGGAAGAAGCAGAGGUCGCGGUCGUCGUAGUCGUUCAUGGUCGUCCGAUAACUCAAGCUUACGAAAACGUAGUCGUCGAUCGCGCUCGCGUCCGCGUCAAAACGACAAGUUGCAGAACGACAAGCGUGAUGAACGGAGUCGACGGAAUAGACGUGAUGAUGGCUCAAGAGGUCAGGAAGGAGAUUGCGUGGCAAAGAAUAAAGAACUGCUGACCGGACAACAAAUUGCACGUGCGCGCGAUGUGGCAAGAGGCCGAGAGCGGGACAAACUAUCUAACGAAGACUAUGACGAGUUUAAGAAAAUGCUGGAUGGAUUAACGCUGGAGAGGGAAUCGGUGAAACAAGCCAUGGGCUUUGCUUUGGACAAAUCUGAAGCAGCAGUGGAUUUGGUGAGCAUCAUGAUAGAAUCGUUCAAGAGCUCAUCGUCGAAUGGAGUCGCUCUCGUUGGCCUUUUGUAUGUGACGUCCGACAUUUUGCACAACAGUUCGGCUGCUGUGAAGAACGCAUCGCUCUUUCGCACGACAUUUGAAGAAUGUCUACCCGAUAUAAUGCAAAAGCUGCGAUGUGUACAUAAGAACAUCGGUGGUCGCAUGUCUGCAAAUGCGAUGAAGGAAAAGGUGAUGGAUGUGCUGUCUGCGUGGGAGAGCUGGAGUCUAUUUCCCCCUGCUGUGCUAUUGGGUCUCCACGCUACAUUCCUACGUAAAACAGAGGAAGACGAGUACCUUGCUGUAAGCAAUAUAAGAAUUGACGGCAUCGUGGAAGCAGAUCUAGGUCGUCUACGGAAGACGUGCCGACAAUCGGGAGUUUUAAGUACUGGAGACGCAAAGCAGCUAGUAGCUCGUCUACAAUGGCUCAAGGAAUUUACUACGCCGACCACGUUGAGUGGCUCAGGGCAGGCAGUAGCAAAAAACAAACCUAGUGCCCAACUGAGCCACGGAGUCGGCACUUCGGGCGUAGCAACGAGUCAUGCUGGUGCUGUGAUAGCAGGAAAAGUGAAGAAAGAGGAUACAUUAGCUGUUGACUCUGAGGACAAACCGAAUGAUGAGGUGACAGUAGGAGAAAGUCUUGCCGAUGGCGGGAAGACAGGAGACGGUAAUGACGAUAUAUACGGCGAGACGAUGGAUGAAGAAGAGCUUGAUGGUGAACCAUUCGAUGAAGAUGCAGAUGAAGGCAAGCUGGCAGAUGAAGAAGAUCUGGAUGGCGAACCGUUGAAUGAAGAUGCGGACGAAGGUGAGGCAUCAUGCGAAGAUGCAGACGGAAGUGAGCUCGAUGGAGAGCCGCUGGAUGGUGACGAUCUGGAUGGGGUACCGAUAGACGACGAAUUGGACGGAAAACCUUUUUAG